AUGCCUCCCAAACGAGCCCCCAAAAAGUCUGCACCAGCUACCUCCCGUCUCGCUCGAGCACUUGACAUUGACGACGAUAAUGACGACGAAGAAUUGGAGGGCCAGCUCGACAUGGCGCAAGAGCUGCGUGCCCUGGAGGAGAACCUCCGAGGGAGUAUGGCUGUCGAUGCUGGGCUCGGCAAAGAGCAGAAGCAGAAGCGGCUGGAGAAGGAGUUUGAAUCUCAGAUGGGAAAUGUUGAAGAGAGAAUCGACGAGAAGGUGAGGGUUUACCGGGAGAAAGUCCGUCGGGAUCAAAAUUCGUAUCUCGAUCGACUUGGCGAGCUGGUGGCUCGAAAGGCAGAGAUCGAGAGGCAGAUUGUACGGCAUACUCAAGAGCUCGCUGAGCAUUGUCGGACUACGACGGAGGAAUUUGAGGCUGUCCUUCAUGGCCGAUCUCACGAUGUUCAUGGGGCAAUUGAGGAUCUGAAGAAUGCAGCGUGCAACGGCACCAGUGAAGAUGGUGCGCUGCAGUCUGGAAAAUAG